AUGGCCUCCGCCUCCUACCGCCAGCCGCUCCCUGGCGAGCGGUUUGCAUAUGGUGGCCUGUCAUGCGUCAUAUCCGCAAUAAUUACGAAUCCGGUUGACUUGGCCAAGACCCGCAUGCAAGUUUACUAUGCACAGCAAGGGGCCGGCAGCGUGGUGGCCCUUGCACAGCCGCCGCGGAACGGGAUGGCGGCCACGCUGGCAUCGAUUACGCGGCACGAGGGCGCACUGGGACUCAUGCGCGGCGUGACACCCUCCAUGCUGCGUGAGGCUUCCUACUCCACGAUCAGGUAUGGCGCGUACGAGCCCAUCAAGCAGAUGCUGGAUGGGGAGCACCCGGCCGGAGGGCUGCCUGCAGAUGUGCCGCUGUGGAAGAAGAUUGCGGCGGGCGGUGCAGCGGGAGCGCUCGGCGCCGCCGGCGCCACGCCCAGCGACCUGAUCAAGGCUGCAUCGGCCAUCUACCGGCAGGAGGGCGGCCUAGCAGGGCUGUACCGCGGAGUGUACCCCACGACGGUUCGUGCUGCGAUUCUCACCGCCAGCCAGCUUCCCGUGUACGACCAGACCAAGCACAUCCUGCUGUCCCACCCGGCCACAGCAGGGCACGCCAAGGAGGGCCCGGUGCUUCACUUUGUCUGCUCCAUGGUGGCGGGCCUUGCCUGCGCCCUCACCACCGGACCUGUCGACCUGAUCAAGACGCGCUACAUGGCGCAGCAGUUUUGCAGCCAGGGCAAACCGCAGCGGUACACAGGCAUGGUUGACUGUGCGAUGCAGACCGUGCGCAGCGGGGGCGUGCUGUCGCUCUGGACGGGCUUCAUGCCUGCCUGGAUCAGGAUCGGGCCCCACACCUGCAUCUCCCUGCUGGUCUUUGAGUGGCUGCGCAAGCAGGCCGGUCUUGCGCCCAUCUGA